CCUUCCCAGCACACAGCAGCGAUGUGUGCCCGCUGCGCCCCCUCUGACGUCCUCUUCGUCGACCCGGCAGACCACGACCAGUUCUUCCGCGACGUGCACGGCCGCCGCUGCAACAGCCUCAACGACCGGUACCUCUUUCCCGCAGAUGAGGAGGAACUUAAGCGCUUCGAGCUCUCCCAUCGGAUGCUGCAAUUUGUACUCGAGGGGAAGAACUACGUCGGGCCCGUCGAGCGGGUGCUGUCGCCUGCGGGGCGCGGGGACGAUAGCGAGGAGCUGCAGGUGCUAGACCUGGGAACCGGGGGCGGUCUCUGGGCCAUCGACAUGGCGGACGAGUUCCCGCAUGUCCAAGUCACGGGCGUGGACCUUGCCCCGAUGCAGCCCCGCCUCGUCCCGCCCAACUGCACGUUCGAGCUCUGUGACCUCGACCGCUACUGCCUCCCCUAUCCCUCCAACUCCUAUGACGUCGUCCACGCCCGCUACAUGCACACCGGCAUCCACAACUACCCCCUCUUCCUCCACGAGCUCACCCGCAUCCUCCGCCCCGGCGGCGUCCUCAUCCUCAUCGAGUCAGACCUCCGCCCCAUCGCCGACGGCAAACCCGCCCUCUCCCCCGCAAAAUCGGGCAUCCCCGGCUGGUGCGCCCUCGCCGACGCUUUCCGCCGCGCACUCGCCCGCCGCGGCGUCGACGCCACAGUCCCGGAGCGCAUGGCCCAUAUGCUCUCCGACCUCUUUGGCGCCCACUACGACGUCGUCCGCCAGCAACAGGCGGACAUCCCCAUCGGCUUCUGGCCAAAAGAUCCGACCCUCCUUGCCGUCGGCCAGCUCGCGUGGAUGAACUGGGACCUCCUCCUCCUCGCCACGCGCCCGCUCCUCCUCUCCUCAGGCAUCCCCGAGUGGCAGGUCAAGUCCCUCAUCGAGGAGGCCCAGCGCGACCUCUACCACCCGCUCGUCCACAUCGCCAGCCGCCUCUACGUCGUGCACGCGAUCAAGCGCGCCUGAAUGACGCGAACAAAAAAAAAUAUCGCGGCAUCGCCGUGUCAGUCUCAUUGUACCCUUACCCGCUUGUCUCUCUUUCUCGUCAUCGUGUAUCACCACCAUAAUCCGCAUCAUACUCGCUUCGCUUUUUCUGCUUGCUUCAUUUCGUUCUGCCAUUUUGUUGUGCUUAGCUAUGCCUUGUUGUUACUGUACCACCACCACCACCAUCGCCACCAUCACCAUCACCUGGAAUCAUUCGCUGUUCGCUUUUGGAUCCUCCCCAGCAUCUGUACCUGUCCAUGUGCCCUCUUUCCCAUUCAUUCGCCCUUCGCACGCAUGCCUCCUUAUAUACCCGCAACAAUCAUCAUGCACCAUCAUCAUCAAAUGACAUUCGUACACACGUACACACGCCUGAACACACCAUAUCGUAAAGCAGUUGCAUCAUCUCUAUUCCUUCAAAGUACACAAAGGAACGACCACCACUAGACCCUUUGGAGUAAACGAUUCAGAAAAACAGGUGUCACGCCGAGGCGGCGGUCGCGGGAUGACCAACUAAGAGAGAGAAGACGAAGCGAAUGGAGAUGAAGACGAUGAGAAGUUCGGGAAGGAAAAAGAGAAAUGAAUCCCCUUCCUCCGAAAACCUCUCAGCGUCUUCAAGCGUUGUUGGCUGCGGCCUCGUCUUUGGCCGCAAACUCGUGCAGCACCGCGAGUGCCUCGUUCACCUUCGCCGCCAUAGCAUCGGGGGUCUUGAGGAGUUUGAUGAGGUCCUCAUUGUCCAUCUCGAGCAGCAUGCCCGUGAUCUUACCAGCAAGCUCCGGCUGCGUG